UGGACACUCUUCUUUCCUCCUCCUUCUGUCCCAUCUUUCCUUCUCUUGUCCUUCACUGUCCCUCAAGUGAACCUUCCCUCGUCCAUCCUCACUCCCAAGCCUAAAAUCCCAAAAGAGAGAUCCACAUUCCUCCUUUAUUUCCAAUUCGUUAGCUCACGUCUUCACCCCCUCAACGACUCUAUUUUACCCUUCUCUUUUUAUUUGUUGACCUAUACCCCUCCCUAUCAUGACUUCUUCUAAAGAAUCUCUUAAUGAAAAGGAACUCCCUUACACUGACGCCGAGACCGAAUAUAAAAGUAUCAGUGAUGACAACAGCUACAGUAAAGAGCGUAGCAACAAUCAUGCUAUUGAUGAUUAUGCCGUGAACGACCAUGAGUCCUUCCAGGAUUAUGAAUACGAUUCUCCACAGAAGCCUAUCCGCAAACCAUUCUAUCGCCGUAAAAAAGUUAUAGUUUGCUGUACCGUGGGUACAGUCAUCUUUUUAGCGGUCUUCAUCCCUCUGUUACUUUUUGUGAUUCUGCCCAAGAUUGCACAAUCGUUGUUGAAUUCAUCCUCAAUGGAGAUCAAACAGCUAAACAUGACCAAUCCUGGAGAGACUAGCUUGACAGUCUCGGUGGCAGCUCAAGUCGGAGGGAUUCCAAAGAUCUUCUCUGCAGAGAUGGAGUUUACAGAACAAGUCUUGGUUCAUUGGCAAGGCAAGGUCAUUGGUUCCAUGAGUCUGGAUCCUGUCCAUGUCAAGGGUGGAAAAGGCGAUAUUUUGCAGGCGACUGGAUUCUCAAUCGAAGACAAGGAUGCUUUUGAAGCUUUUGUAAAAGAUAUGAUGGCUUCUGAUGGCUUCGCAUGGACACUGACCAGCAAGGCUACUCUUAAAACCCUUGGUCGGUCAAUCAAAGAUCUCGAGGUUAAUAAGGUCCUGAAUAUGAAUGGUUUGAGCAGUUUCUCCAACAUCAAAAUCCUCAAAUUUGAUUUGCCAUCUGAUGCACCUGAAGGAGCCUUGAUCGCCAUCUCGGCCUCCAUUGCCAAUCCUUCACCUAUUGGCAUGACUUUGGGAACGAUCACUCUCGACAUGAACUUCAAAAGUGCGUAUUUGGGUCGCGUUGUAGCCAAGAAUGUCACUUUGAUCGGAGGACAGCCUAUGAUCCUCAACUUGGAGGGAACUCUCUUGAGACAAACAGAUCCGGUUCAUCUUGAGGAGCUGUCCUUGCUGAUGUCCAACUAUCUUGGUGGUAUUGUUACGCCAGCCACAGCUCAAGGUGUCUCUGUCUUCCCUGAUGGAGUGAAUGAAGUGACAUGGUUGACGUCGGCCAUUUUGGCCACAAAGAUGACUGUCCCACUUGUGGCUCCAGAGCCAUUGAAUGUCAUUCAGGGUCUGAAUAUCGAGGAUAUGGGCUUAUUCGUCCGGCCUGAGAACCCCUGGGCGCCUACUGCCAACUCCAACUCUGUUUCGGCUGUCUUUAAAUUGCCUUUUAAUAUCUCUCUCAAUAUUACGGAGCUCGCAAACGCUACCAUGACUUUGAUUUACAAGGGAACUCCUUUGGCCGACUUGACGGCCGCUGUUUGGAACCAGACUUCAUCCGAUAUGAAAAACAACAAGAUUGUCUUUACGUUGCCCCCAUCGCCCUUGGCUGUAAAGGAUGAUGCCCAUGAGGCUUUUCAAGCAUUUUUAGUAGAUGUAGUGCAGAAUACGGAUACAGGAUUCGACAUCAAGGGCAGUGCUGACUCUGUGGCGAGCACGCCUCUGGGUGUUGUUCGUCUCAAGGUCCCUUUCGCUUCUACUGUUGCCUUGAAGGGUAUUGGCUUUGCGACUAUCCCCCCCACAAUUUCCAAUGUCACAGUCAUUAGUGGAUCCACAGAGUAUGUUACACUGUUAGCAAAUGUAGGUAUCGACAAUCCCUCCAUUUUCACGGUCGAUGCUGGACAAGUGAACCUAAAGAUCAGCGGAACUGCAGGAGGCCUGAGUGGGCUCAUGGGAGAUGUCAUUAUCUCCAACCUCAAGUUCGGACCAGGUCUGAAUAACUUGAUUUCAGAGGUUCGCUUCCAUCCUUCUGAUCCAGCUUUCCGCGACAUGUUCUUUUCUCAUUUUGUGGCGGGUGCGACGUUUGACUGUGUAAUUACAGGAGAUGCUCAGUCGACCGCCAUUACUUCGAUGACACCGGUAAUGGAGGUUCUUUCCAUGAAAACUAAAGUCCCCGGCAUAAUUCCUGCACCUCGGUUGAUCGUCAGUGGCAAUGGCGCUCCUUCGCUUGGAAGUGUACUCGGAAACCGUCAGAUCCCUCUGACAGUCUCUGUUUUGAACCCUCUGUUGACCUCGCUGUCCCUUAACGACAUUAAGGCUCAGGUCUUUUGGCGGGAAAACUUUUUUGGGGCGAUUGCAUCCAAGGAUUCGUUCUCCAUCCCUGUAGGGGGUACGCUUCCAUCACCUUCACUGAUUCUCCAAGCGCCAACUGAUUUCGCUUUUGGCAUAUUCAUGGUCACGACGUUCUUGCCUGCUAACCUUGGGGUCUUGUCGGGCGCUAUCGUAAAUGUGGACAUGACUUCGAAUAUUGGUGUCACUGUUGGAGGGCCAGCCAGUGUAGGAUAUUCUUCCACAAUCAGCUAUAACCAGACUGCUGUGCCAGCAUUUCUCAAACUCGACUGGAGUUUUGGAAGCAAUCUCCGACGUCGCGCUGAAGAGAUUGGCACAUCUCUCCCAUCGGCCGAGCCUUCAGUUGAGAAUCAAUUAGAAUAUUUGCAGUGGUUAAAGGAUGCAUUAUUUGCAGCCUAUCCUGAGGAGGCCAAGCGCUACAUGGAGGAGUUGAACAAGUAGAAAUGACAAUGCAAAAACCUAAUAAAGCACCAGUAUAGAGAUCAGCAUUG